GUUUGAAAUUUGCGUUGAUUUGCUUCAAAACGAUCCCUCAAUGAAUGUGAGGAAAAGUGCAUUAAAAGCAAUCAUUGUUAUCACAUUCAAAGCAAAUGGUGACCAAUUAAAACAAAUGGCUCAGGGAUGUUUACCAUCGCUGUGUUCACAACUAUCUUCGGAUGACGAGGACUACAUGAAGACAGUAUUGAUAGCAAUCAUACACUUCCUGUUCACUGAAUACAAGACAGUUUUGGCCAAAGAGAAGAAGCGACCGAAUUCGAGGUCAGUUUUGAGUCCGUUCGCCGAACUGAUCCGAGACUCGGAUGGUCUGCGGCUAUUGAACCGCAUUAACGACAACCGUAUGACCAAAGAGUCCGAUAACAGCGCUUACGGGCUGUCAGGCGUGGAGCGGGCGGUCGAGGAGAUACUGGCGCUGGCCUUCGGUGUGGAGACCCGGCCCUUAUGUCGCCAGCAGUCAUAUAUGGCUAAAACCAUACUUAACGGGUUUGCAUACAUAACGGGUCUAAAGGGGGGAGAAUUUAUUUACUGUCAAGUCUGCGAUAAAGGCAAGAAAAAGGUGACCGCAGACACCGGUAUAUUUGGGUGUAGACACGCGGCCCUAUGCCGGGGCUGCGCCACCGGUGCUCUCAUCAAACACUAUAACGGAGACCCAAAGACCCCCACCUGUAAGGUAACCAAAUGCGGUCGCGGUAUACCCGGUGACGUCGAGUGGUCGCUAUACGCCGACUCCGCCACUGAAUAUGUAUGUUAUCAAUUA